AUGCACGGUGAAGAGUUGUUAAAUCAGUUGGUGAGGGAUGAGGGUCCUUCCGUCACUAAAACAGAUCUGCUUCGAUGGGCUAAACUUUUUGACAAGGAGGGCAAAAAUCAACAAACACUCGAAAUCUAUGAGUGGAUGAUGAGACAGAAAAUGACUCUUUCUGCCUCCAAGCAUGGAGUUCAUGUGGAUCUUAUUGGAAAGACUAAAGGCUUAGCAGCGGCUGAAAACUGCUUCAACAACUUGGACCCUUGUGACAGGAAUCACUCCACUUACCUGAAGCUCUUGAAAUGGUAUUGUCGUGGGCUCGAGGAAGACAAGGCUAGGCAAAGGCUCUUUUCCGGAAAAUGGAUGAUCUCAAACUUGUCAUUAAUUGUUCACCCUUUAACGAUAUGA